AUGGCCAAGUCACGUCUACUGCAGUGGCUGCUGCUGCUGCUGCCCACACUCUGCAGCCCAGGUGCAGCUGUCGGGUCGGCCUCAUCCCCGGACUGUGCACAGGGUCCUAAAUUCUGGUGCCAAAACCUGGAGCAAGCAGUGCAGUGCAGAGCCCUGGGGCACUGCCUACAGGAAGUCUGGGGACAUGCAGGAGCUAAUGACCUGUGCCAAGAGUGUGAGGAUAUUGUCCAUCUCCUCAUAAAGAUGACCAAGGAAGACAUUUUCCAGGACACAAUCCGAAAGUUCCUGGAACAAGAAUGUGAUGUCCUUCCCUUGAAGCUGCUCGUGCCCCGGUGUCGAAAAGUGCUUGAUGUCUACCUGCCCCUGGUUAUCGACUACUUCCAGAGCCAGAUAAACCCAAAGGCUAUCUGCAAACAUGUGGGCCUGUGCCCACUGGGACAGGCUAAAUUAGAACAGGAUUCAGGGAUGCAAGAUGCUAUUCCAGAUCCUCUGCUGAACAAGCUGGUCCUCCCUGCGCUGCCAGGGGCCCUCUUGGCAAGGCCUGGGCCUCACACACAGGACCUCUCUGAGCAACAGCUCCCCAUCCCUCUGCCCUUCUGCUGGCUUUGCAGGACUCUGAUCAAGCGGGUCCAAACUGUGAUUCCCAAGGGUGUGCUGGCCGUGGCUGUGGCCCAGGUGUGCCACGUGGUACCCCUGGUGGUGGGAGGCAUCUGCCAGUGCCUGGCUGAGCGCUAUACAGUCCUCCUACUCGAUGCACUGCUGGGCCGUGUGGUGCCCCAGCUAGUCUGCGGCCUUGUCCUCCGAUGCGCCACUGAGAACGUCAUUGACCCAGCCCUCCCGGCUUUGGACUCCCCGGUGGAAGAAUGGCCACCACGAGACACUGAGUGCCACCUCUGCAAGGCCGUGAUCACCAGGGCUUGGAACACAAGUGAAGAGGCGAUGCCGCAGACAAUGCGCCAGGCCUGCCUUCGCUUCUGGCUGGACAGGCAAAAGUGUGAGCAGUUUGUGGAACAGCACACACCCCAGCUGCUGGUCCUGGUGCCCAGGAGCCGGAAUGCCCAUACCACCUGCCAGGCUCUGGGAGUGUGUGAGGCCCCGGCCAGUCCUCUGCAAUGCUUCCAAAGCCCGCACCUCUGA